CUGUUAACUGAAUUCACUUCCAGUUCUUUUUUACUAUCCAGUUGCUGCUUACAGGUGAAAGUCGCUCAUUUUGGCGGAGGUGAUCUGAAUACUUCCACGAAAGCUGAGGAAAAGCUUAGUCGCAAAGAUGUGAUAGCCGAUUUAAUAGCGAAGACUAGACAAGCUCGGGAGGAAAAACACAUUGCAAAAGAUGAAAUGGAAACUGUAACUGAAGACCUGGAUGCGAAGUAUCUCAAGCUCUUGGACAAAGUGAAAAAUGUGUUCAGGCCUGUUGGAGCAACAAAAGCUGAAAAGAGCGAAAAAGAUGACUACGAUAAACUGAUAGAGCCUGUUUCUAAGAAGAAGAUAGCUAUUGACUCCGACGAGGAGCUAACAGACGAAGAACAAGAGGAUGAAAACGAAGAAGAGCUUGAUGACUUGCUUGAUGAGCACGACGGUGUCGGUACGGAUAUCAUUUGA